CCUUUGAAUAUAUAGCAAAGAAAAUCAGCCAUGCCUGUUGUCAGUGAAUCGUUUAAUAUUGGGACACUCAGUGGGAGCUUCCAAGAGAUGUGAAUUCCCAGGGAUCUUACAGUGACAUUUAAAUCGUUCUCCCGGUUGAUCUCCACCAGCAGAUUCUGGAAAUUAUUAACUCCUUUCCUAAAAUAUACAUAUACUGAAAUUUGCAAACCCUCAAGUUCCUUUUUUUUGUUUCAGUAUUGGAAUAUUGCCUAUAAUUUUUGGAUCAGCGUGCGAUGGUUUGUUGUACUACCAUCGUGAAAGGUUUAUGGAAAACCGUCUGAGUUGGUGGAUGCAGAUAUCGUGGGCCUUGAAUAAUUGGGUUGAUGCGAAGUGGCAGCAAACUGAGGAUGGAUUUCCUGUAUCUCCUUAUCUUCAUGAUGAUGUUUGGUCUGUGCAGCAGUGUGAGAGGUCCUCCGAGGAUCUCUAAGAAAGUGCAGAGCCGGCAGCCAGUGAAGCUGGGCCGCACGAUUAGGUUGGCCUGUCCGGUGGAGGGCGAUCCACCGCCACUGACCAUGUGGAUCAAAGAUGGACGCACCAUCCACAGCGGUUGGACAAGGUUCCGAGUCCUUCAGCAGGGCCUCAAAAUCAAGGAGGUGGAAGUGGAGGAUGCAGGAGUCUACGUCUGUAGAGCAACUAAUGGGUUUGGCAGCAUUCAUCUCAACUAUACCCUAAUCAUCAUCAAUGACAGCAGCACAGUAAGCAGUGGCCAGCCCCUUCCCGAAGGGUCUCAGUCUGAAUCUGCAAACCCGGAGCCCACAGGAAAGCAACUGAUUAAGCCCAGGUUCACCCAGCCCAGUAAGAUGCGCCAGCGAGUGAUAGCGCGGCCCGUGGGCAGCUCGGUCCGCCUGAAGUGCACUGCCAGUGGGAACCCUCGCCCCGACAUCGUGUGGUGGAAGGAUGAUCAGCGGAUCGCGGAGGACAGGAAGAACAGGUGGACCCUCAGCCUGAGGAAUCUGAAGCCCGACAGCAGUGGGAAGUACACAUGUCACGUCUUCAACACCGCAGGCGAAAUCAACGCCACCUAUAAACUCGACGUUGUCGAGAGAACAAGAUCCAAGCCUGUUUUAACUGGCACUCAUCCAGUCAACACAACAGUGGAGUACGGAGGUACAACCUCCUUCCAAUGUAAGGUGCGGAGUGACGUGAAGCCAGUUGUCCAGUGGCUAAAGCGAGUAGAGUACGGGACCGAGAACAAGUACAACUCCACCAUCGAGGUCGGGGGCCAGAGGUUUGUGGUCCUGCCAGCAGGCGAUGUCUGGUCACGCCCAGACGGGUCAUACCUCAACAAGCUGCUGAUAGCGCGGGCAACUGAAGACCACUCUGGGAUGUACAUCUGCCUGGGUGCGAACACCAUGGGCUACAGUUUUCGGAGCGCCUUCCUCACUGUGCUUCCAGAUCCCAAAAUCGAGAAGACAACUACCUCUUCGCGUGCCGCCAGUGGAUUACCAUGGCCGGUUAUCAUCGGAAUCCCCGCUGGUGCCAUCUUCAUCUCCGGCACAAUUCUGCUCUGGUUUUGCCAGACAAGGAGACACAGCUCAGCCCCACCACAGCACCGGCACCAGCGUGACUGUAUGGUCCUGGACAAAGACUGCGUGCCCAUCGGGAGCCCAGAGUUCGCAGUGGCUUCUCAACCUCACCUGCUGGUUCAAACCCCUACCAUGGUGCCCACUGUCACCCCUAAAGUAUACCCCAAGAUCUACACGGACUUCCACACCCACACCCAUGCACACACAGAGGGUAAGAUCCACCAGCAUCAACACUUCCACUACCAGUGCUAGCUGUGAAGGUCUCAUUCCUGGCAUCCCGGGCCUCUUGGUAAAGAGCACCAAGUGCUCAAUGGCACGUUGACUUAGAUCUCAAAUCCCACCAGCGUACUUCUAACAAUAAUGUGAACAUCCCACGAGCAGCCCAGUUUUGAGAAGUCACUUGGAGAAGGCCGGGAAGAUACCUCCUGGCUCCAAGUGCUGUGAGCAAUGCUUGAAGGACUACCACCACUGAACAAUCUGGCCACUGUGCAAAAGGUGGCUGCUGUGAGUGCCUGGACUGAACUAUCUUCUGCAUGGUGCGUUUAUUUGGUCUGGUUAUCCAGUUACUCUGUGUUCCCAAUCCCCUGAAACUGAAUGGACAGGAUUGCUGCAUGUCCACUCACUAUCCGAAGAGUCCAUUUUUUAUUUGUUGAGUGAGGUGUCCAGAAACGUCUAACACGUAAACUAGGCUGUGAAAAGUCUGACAUUCUUGGGAUGCUCAGCGUAGCUGAAAUUCGUCUCUCAAGAGUCCGGGACAGUUUUGCUUGCUGAGGUUUUUGAUGGACUAUCAUCAUCAGCAGAGCCAAAAAAUAAAUCACAACUGGAGCCACAGUCCUACCUGCCCCACAUCCCGUGCCAAGCACCCAACUAUUCUGCUUUGGAGCAGAAGUAACAGCCCAGUGUAGAAAAUGCUGGGCUCAAACACCUGAUCUCUGGUCAUCCCUGUUUUUCCCUGCAGUUUUAUACAGCCCAAGUUUCUUGGAAAAUUUCAGCCUCUGCUGUUCUUUAUGAAGCAAGGAUUCAUAUUAAGCAAGACCCCAGCACUGCUUUUCCUUCCAAGCUUGCCUGGCUCCUGCUACUACAAUACAGAUUCAAAGUAAAUCAGCUAGGGGUGAGUUUGGAGAUGGUUAGCACCGAACCAAAAAUCUAAACCAAGGUUGGUUUGUUGAAGCCUAAGCCAUUGUUUUCAGGCAAACAUCUGGACACCUCUGCACUGAGGUAUGCAAGUGUGUGUCUGUAUUAUAUACACAACAGUAUGAGG